AAAAGACUUCACAGACUAUUACAUUUCCUUCCCCCUCUUUCCUUUUUCCUUUCCUUUCUUUUCUCCUUCUCUUUCAAUUCAUCUUCUUCUUCUUCCUCUCUUCCUCACUAUCAUCUUUUUACUAUUUCCUUUGAUUUUAUGGACAAAGGAUGGGGUCUAACUCUUCGUGAUUCUGAUCAUCAGUCAAUUGGGUUCUUCUCAAACAAGCAACCACCACCCCCACCCCCACCCACUCUCAAUUCCUUCCAGAGAAUGUUUCAAGGUUUAGAAUUCUCCGCAAAACUUGGCCACACCGACUCCACUUCCGACGAUAAUAAUCGUUUGGCCGUCGAGGUCGAUUUUUUCUCCGCUAAGAAAAGACUGGUUGAUGAUCUUGAGGCCGAUCAAGACUCCAAACCUACUUCUACUACUUCUAUCAUUAAAGACGAUAAAGCUUUGACCCCUCCGCCUCCCCCCACAACUUCCUUCAAUCUUGUUAACACUGGAUUGCAUCUGUUAACUGCUAACACCGGAAGCCAUCAAUCAACCGUUGAUGAUGGAAUUUCAUCAGAUGGUGAAGAUAAACGAGCCAAAAACGAGCUAGCGCAGCUACAAGUGGAGCUUCAGCGAAUGAACGCAGAGAAUCACAAGCUAAGGGACAUGCUAAGCCAUGUGAGCAACAACUAUAGUUCUUUACAAAUGCAUCUCUUGACCUUAAUGCAACAGCAGCAGCAACAACAAAAUCACUCCUCCGAACCCGCUAAUCAACGAGAGAUUGCUGGGGAGAAGAAAUCCACGGAAAUAAAACAUGAAGUUGGAAAGGUAAUGGUACCAAGACAAUUUAUGGAUCUAGGACCAAGUGGAAAUAACAACAACAUGGGUGAAAGCGAAGAAUUAUUAUGUAAUUCCUCAUCGGAUGAAAGAACUCGUUCUGGGUCUCCAUUGAACAUCAACAACAACAAUACCGAAACCGCUUCCAAAAAAAGAGAUCACGCGGAAAUCAUGCCUCCUAAUUCCGAUCACGAAAAUUCCAAAAGAUCCAUCCCCAGAGAAGAUAGCCCCGAAUCAGAAUCUCAGGGUUGGGGUCCCAACCAUAAGACCCCCCGCUUCAACAAUUCUUCUAAUUCUAAACCAAUUGACCAAUCCACCGAAGCUACCAUGCGUAAAGCCCGUGUCUCAGUCCGUGCUCGUUCCGAAGCUCCCAUGAUUUCCGAUGGGUGUCAAUGGCGGAAAUAUGGCCAAAAAAUGGCUAAAGGAAACCCUUGUCCACGAGCCUAUUAUCGCUGCACAAUGGCUGUGGGUUGCCCUGUUCGCAAACAAGUCCAACGUUGUGCUGAAGAUAGGACUAUAUUGAUAACAACUUACGAAGGCAACCACAACCACCCACUUCCGCCGGCGGCGAUGGCGAUGGCGUCAACCACGACAGCGGCGGCUACUAUGUUAUUAUCAGGGUCUAUGUCAAGUGCGGACCAUAAUUUAAUGAACCCAAAUUUAUUAGCUCGAGCCAUACUUCCAUGUUCUUCAAGCAUGGCUACAAUUUCAGCUUCAGCUCCAUUUCCAACAAUCACAUUAGACCUCACUCACAGUCCAAACCCAUUGCAGUUUCAAAGACCCACCGCAGCGCCUUUCCACGUGCCGUUCCCUGGCGGACAACCACCAUCAGCCGCCGCCCAAUUGCCUCAAGUUUUGGGACAAGCCUUAUAUAACAAUCAGUCAAAAUUCUCCGGGCUACAGCUUUCUCAUGAAAUGGGAGCUAAUUCCUCUCCCUUGGGUCAUCACCAAAUUACACAACCCGCAACUCCAGCCCAACCUGGUGGUGCUUCUUUUGCUGACACGUUGAGUGCCGCAACGGCUGCUAUCACCGCUGAUCCCAAUUUCACAGCCGCGCUCGCCGCCGCUAUCUCCUCCAUUAUCGGCGGAACCCAUCCCAACAAUAAUAGCAACACCAAUACCAGUAAUAAUACAACAACCAACAACAACGGAAGCAGCAACAACAACAGCAAAAUUAGCAGUUUUCCUGGAAAUUAAAUUAUCAAUUAGACCCAUCAAAAUUACAGUUGGUUAAAUUUUUUUGUUCGUAUAUGAUCCCUAGUGGGAGUCAGUUUUUGUCUUUUUCUUUGUCAUCUCCAUCAUGGAGAUGGAUAACAUGUUCAUACUUUUUUUUUUUUUUUUUGUGUUUUUUUGGUUAAUUUGGGGAAAAAACAUAGAACACGGCUUCAUUAUUCUUUUUCAA